AUGUUCGAGGCCGCUGAGGUUGCUUUGGUUAAGUAUGUUCAAGGAAAGGCCUUUUCAGAUGAGCUGAGUUGUCUACAAGGCACUAAGGGAGCAAAUCAAAGUGUUGCUAAAUAUAGCCCCGUCUACAAGCUAAGUCCGAUAUUAGUAGAUGGAAUCAUGAGAGUUGGAGGACGAAUUGACAGAGCAGUCUUUCUUCAGUUCAGCGCUAGACAUCAAAUAAUUCUACCAACGGAUUCACCGGUGUCAAUGUUGCUACUCUACGAGGCACAUAGAGAUGUAGGUCAACAAGGAAAAAAUGCAAAGCUUGCACAUGUAAGAAGAAAGUACUGGAUACUUGGAGCAACUGGUGCCUCCAAGAAGAUUGCAUACAGAUGUGUGACCUGUAGGAAGUAUCAGAGCAGGCCAGUCGAGCAAAUGAUGGCAAACCUACCAACUGAGCGUCUUGAAGCUAACCAGCCUCCAUUCACUAACACAGGCAUGGAUUACUUUGGGCCGCUGAUGUUGAAACGUGGCAGAGCAGCAGUGAAACGGUAUGGAGUAAUAUUUACAUGUCUUUCUUCUCGUGCAGUUCACCUUGAAGUAGCUUCCUCGCUCGACACUGAUUCUGCAGUAAACGCAAUUCGAAGGUUUGUGGCCCGACGAGGAAUGGUGAAGUUUAUCAGGUCAGAUAAUGGCACAAAUCUGGUGGGAGCAGGGAAGGAGUUACGUCAGGAGCUAGCUAAGCUUAAGCAAUCCAGUAUAAGAGAUACCCUGUGUGAUAAAGGCAUCAAGUGGGAAAUCAACCCUCCUACAGGACCUCACUUGUGUGAGAGAUUAAUUCGUUCGGUGAGAAAGAUAAUGUAUGGACUGUUGUAUGAGCUUAAGCACCCACUUGACGAUGAAGGCCUACACACGUUGCUAUGUGAAGUGGAAGACGUCCUGAAUAGCCGUCCAAUUACUGCUUGUUCAACACAAUCGGAUGACCUGCGAGCGCUGACGCCACACGACUUGUUGCUAGCUCAUGGUACAGGUGCUCCUCCUGGUGAAUUCUCCAAGGAUGAUUGUUAUGCACGCAAGCGAUGGCGGAGAGUUCAGUAUCUUGUUGACCUAUUUUGGAAAAGAUGGGUGUCUGAAUAUCUACCUCUCCUUCAAGAGCGUCAGAAGUGGCUGAAAGCAAGACGGAAUGUCAAAAUUGGUGACAUCGUCCUGCUAAUUGACAACGCACCAAGAGGAUCAUGGGCCUUGGGAAGAGUCGUUAGUACGAAGGAGGACUCCAAGGGUCUGGUACGUAUGGUUAAAGUGAAAACAGCCACUUCAUUGAUGAAACGACCAGUGCAGAAGCUUUGCUUAAUUCUGGAAGCCGACUGUGAUGGCUAG